AUGAAGCUUGAGAAACGAAGACAAAACAAAAAGUAUCAACCUCUUUUACAAGUGGAUUCCCCCGGAGAAGAGGGCUAUAUCAAUGCUGUCACAUUACCUAGCCUGUACACCCAGACCAAACAGUUUCUGACCCAGCUGCCCAUGCCCACUACGGUCAAUGAUUUCUGGAGACUGGUCACACAGUAUAACGUCUCCUUGAUUGUUGCUUUUAAAUCCUAUGAAAAUGACAAGUCCUUAGCUAUCUACUUACCUGAAGAACAAGGCCAGCCGUUACAAUGUGGGAACAUAGCUGUCAAUGUCGAGUCAGUAACUGCAGCACCAACAUGGACAGAAAUGAAGCUUACCGUUAAGGGGAAACAAACGCAAGAAGUGACUCAUCUCACGUUUACAGAGCGUCAUAUCGAACCCAAAAAGUUCCUGCCGUUUGUUCAAUACGCGCGAUCGUUGAGAACUCCGGAUAAGUCAGUAGUUUACACGUGCAGCUAG